AGCAUUUACUCAGCUGUAUUGCGUUAUAAGUAUCUAUUUACGUAAGGCUCUGGUCACAUACAAGAAUAUAAAGUUGCUUGUUGCGCGUGCUUGUGCGAUCGCGAAAGGAUGUACAAUAUGGGAAGUCUAUCCAUCUCGAUGGACCCACCAGAUGUGAAAUUGGUUGUUUUAGGGCAUCGCAAAGUUGGCAAAACAGCUUUGACGGUGAGAUUUCUCACGAACAGAUUUAUUGGUGAAUACGAAGAAAGUUCAGAAAGAAUAUACUCGCGAAAAAUAUCAUUGAGCAGUCAGGAUAUAACAUUUGAAGUACGAGAUAUUUCGUUAAAGAAGGUAGAACAAUCGUCGUUAAAAGAUGCCAAAGGCAUUGCCUGGGGAGAAGGAUUUGCAGUAACAUAUUCUAUCACGGACAGAACGAGUUUUAACUCAGCAUUACAAAUCAUCUCCGCGAUACAUGAACAAAAGAAAACGAGGGAUGUCGUUAUUGCUUUGGUUGGAAACAAAAAAGAUUUGGAACAUUUUAGAUCAGUCCCUCGAGAAGAAGGUAACACAGCAGCACAUCAAUUAGGAUGUCUAUUCUUUGAACUGUCAGCCUCAGAGGAACUCGAUAACGUUCGUUCUGCUUUCUCGGCGAUACUUGAGGGAGUCCGACGAAGAAAAUUACGCUGGAAACCAUCCGUUAAAAAAGUGAACUCUUUACCACGAACAAAAAAGACGAACGUUCGCUACUUAAAUGUAUUCUCAAAGUUAAAGCACGACAAAAAGCGACAGGUCUCGUUAAAAUAGCUCAAAAUAUGGAAACGUGGGAAAUGUCACCAUUCGGAUCGGAAAGCAAUCAAAGCAUACAGAGAUGAAAACCAGAAAUAAUGUUCAAAUAGAUGCCCUUUAAAUAAACCCUGAUCUGAAAAAUAGAACUGGAUUCUGAGGGCUCAAUUUCAAACCAGAAUUGCAACCAUGUAGAAGUAACUAACAUCUCUCUUACUCCUCCUAAAUAUAUCUCCAACAUCAACCUUCCAACUCAAAAAGUAGGUCUUAAUUUAUACGUGUAUAUAUAUUAAAAAGGUACAAGGUGGAAUUUUGUAAAUACAAUAAGAGUAAUAAAGCACAGCGAUGGUUUUAGCAGUUAUAUUAUUUAAAUAAAUAUGUAUUCAUUUUGUAAAUCAUAAUACAAGAAUACGACUUCAAUGUAUAUUGUUAGCUUCUUAAAUCUAGUGUUUUUCACCUGGUUAUGUAUAUCUUGGAUGAUGCUUACAUAUAUAUUAAUGGCCACAAUGUUGAAAAGAAACAAGUAAAGUGUAUUAAUUAACAUCUUCUAACUUCAAAUGAUCUAACCAUGUGUCACUCCGUGACUGUACAUUUUUUUUAGAAAAUUGUUCUGGCAAAAGGCGACAACUUUUCAAACACAGACUAUCGCCUGUAUUCUAAAAGCUCACUAACACUCAAACUCAUUGAGUGAAAGACCUCAGUCUUCUCAUAACGUUUCCAUAACGGUAUUUCCACUGAAAUAGGAACUUGGAUCUUUCCACAGAUUAAUACAGAACUUUCUCAUUAAUCAGUGAUAACCAAAUUUCAAUGUCAUACUCAAUGAGUGUGAGUGCGAGUGAGCUUUUUCAACACAGGCGUAUAAGUAACCAUCAUAAAAGAAUAUCCAAUAUACACUUCACCUUACUAAAUGUUAACAAUGUCAAUGUCAGUAAUGUUAACGAAAAUUAUAAUUUCAAUUGACUGA